AUGCGCAACCAUGGCCCGGAAUGGGGUGGAGGGUCUAGUACCACGCAAGUCUCAGCCUCAUUCCCAGACCCGGCUGGCGCAGAUGUCAUCGGAGCCGCAGAGGGCGACCAUCAGCCCCUUGACCAGAGCAGUGGACAUCUCUCACUCGACCAAAGCCAUCAUGUCCCUGAGGCUCUUCUCCAGGGCGGCGACGUCAUUCGCCCAUUGCACUUCUUUUCGCCGCCUCCAGACAAUGAGAAGCCCACCUUCACCGUCACCGAGAGCAACGGUGUCGGCGUCAAGAACUACCCCUGCUCCAGCCACCUCGUACUGAUCCGAGAUGUUCGCGGACACCCGCAUCGUGCAGCCUUCCGCCUCGGCGUCGAGUCUUUUGCCUUGCUGAGGUUACAACCUCAACCACCUGGCGUCAACCUUUCCGACGAUGACCAGGUCCGGAUGGCCUACUCUCAGACCGCUCGUGAGCUGAUUGAAACCCAUAUUCCCGGGGCCGAGCAUGUCAUCGUCUUCGACCGCACUAUUCGUCGAGCAUCUGCAACUGCAAAGCUGAACCGCCCGGUUAAAAAGGUCCAUGUUGACCAGAGUGCGAGAGCAGCCAUUCUUCGCGCCGAACAGUUUCUCCCAGCGGAACAGGCUCAAGCAAUCGAGCAGGGGAAACUGCGACUUCGUAUCAUCAAUGUAUGGAGGCCACUCCGGGGACCUAUCACUGAUCACCCCCUAUGUCUAGCCGAGUCUCCUUCUGUCACGGAGGAGGAUCUCAUCAAAGUUGACCAUAUUUAUCCGCACCGCAAGGGGGAGACAUACCAUUGUAGAUAUCGGGGCAUGACUGACUUUCGGUUCUGGUAUCUGAGCGCCAUGGAGGCGACGGAUGUAUGGAUGAUUCAGUGCUUCGACUCAGUACGUGACUCGAAAGGCCGCCGCCGCCGGUGCGCUCACGCAUCAUUCGAGAUGAUCGAACCUCAUCUAGGCGAGGAGGAUGGUGCGCCAAUGGCCUCGGAAGGGCGGUUGCGCGAGAGUAUCGAAGUAAGGUGUCUCGUGUUGGGAGGAGACUUGGAAGAGAUGUAA